ACGAGUCCUGCAUUGACACAAACUAACCGUACUUCAGUCACCAGCUCACGGGGUUUGAGGUCAUAUUUUCCGAUUAAUUUCAUAUCCGUUUAAUGUCGUUACCGCCGUCAAAGCUCGUGAAAAUGUUUCGUCUGUCAGGAAUCGCCUGAAGCGCGAUAUUUCGGGCGCUGGAGCUUCUUGUGACAUCACAGCCGAAUCCCAGCGGAAAACAGCGCAGCUUUCGGUGUUCAUCAGUCUGAAAGGUCCGAAUGUUCAGCAUGGCUUCGGGAGAAGAAGCACACAGACGCCGGCUUCAGGAGAUUCUGGGCAGACCUGGGAAUGGGUGCUGCUCUGACUGCGGGUCUCCAGGUCCAGAGUGGGCUUCCUUCACCCUGGGUGUCUUCAUAUGUCAGACCUGCUCAGGCAUCCAUCGCAGCAUUCCUCAGAUCAGCAGAGUCAAAUCUGUCUUCAUUGACCCCUGGGAGAAAUCAGAGGUGGAGUUGAUGGCCUCCAUCGGCAACAGUUCUUCAAAAGGCAAAUAUGAACAGAUGGUGCCAGCGUUCUAUUAUUCCCCAACAUACACAGACUGUCAGGUGCUGCGGGAACAGUGGAUCCGAGCCAAAUAUGAGAGGAAUGAGUUUAUUUAUGUGGAGAGACAAGAGCCAUACUCAGCAGGUUAUCGUGAGGGGUUUCUAUGGAAACGAGGGCGAGACAAUGGGCAGUUUCUCAGUCGAAAAUUUAUUCUUUCAGAGCGAGAGGGAGCAAUGAAGUAUUUCAACAAGCAUGAUGCUAGGGAACCCAAAGCCUUGAUGAAGAUCCAAACCAUUAAUGCCACCUUUCAGCCGACCAAAAUUGGCCACCCUCACGGUCUCCAGAUCACCUACCUGAAGGACAACAGCACCAGGAAUAUUUUUGUGUACCACGAGGACGGAAAGGAAAUAGUCGACUGGUUCAACGCCAUACGAGCUGCUAGGUUCCAUUACUUACAAGUUGCUUUUCCUGGAGCACCUGAUACUGAACUGGUGCCCAAACUGACAAGGAACUAUAUUAAGGAGGGUUUUAUGGAGAAGACAGGUCCAAAGCAAACAGAGGGUUUUAAAAAACGUUGGUUCACUCUGGAUGACAGGAGGCUCAUGUACUUUAAAGACCCCUUGGAUGCCUAUGCACGAGGGGAAGUGUUCAUUGGCAGCAAGGAAAGUGGCUACACUAUAGUACCAGGCCUGCCCCUGUCCACGCAGGGCUACCACUGGCAGUUUGGCAUCACCAUUGUGACCCCAGACAGAAAAUUCCUCUUCGCUUGUGAAACAGAGGCAGAACAGAAAGAUUGGAUGGCUGUAUUUCAGAGUGUUAUCAACAAACCCAUGCUACCACAGGAGUAUGCAGUGGAGGCUCGCUUCAAGCAUAAGCCCUGAUCCUUUCUGGGAAUCGAGCUCAGAGAUGCUAUGAAAGCCUGUAGCAACGCACAGCACCAAAGCCUAUCAUAAUGGUGUGCAGAGAGAAACAGCAACAACAGCUUCAGAAUACUUUGACUGGGCCGAUACAAUGACUGUGCAAACUCUGCUUUAAAAUUCUGCAUAAUAGCACAUCCAUGUUUUAUCCCAGUUGCUUUAAGUAAAUAAUAAGUCUUUCCUGGCAAAGAUGUUAUUUGAUGGUGACAUUAAGUAAAAGUGACACAGAAAUGAGCAGGGGACUCAUUUAUAAGACUUUGCAUGAAUUCUAGAGGGAAUGUUUGUACGCACAUAAAAUAGGAAAUUGCUGCAGAAAUAGUUUUUUAUAAAACCUUGCAUCCGUACCACAGCCUACCGUUUAUGCUUUAUAAAUCACAGUAAACUUGAAAAUAAGCCCAAAGUAAAAAGGCCUUUUCUUUUGUUAGAGCCUAAAAAUAUGCAUAAAUAGUUAUUGCAAAUGACCUCGUACAUUAAAAUACGGGCACAUCAGCUUUUAAGUGAGUGCUGCAAAUUGUGCUUUUAAGUUGGGUUAGAAAUCUGAUGUACGAGAUUGUCAAUAUAAUUAAUAUAAAAUAAUCAAUAAGUGGAGAGGUGCACGAUGGUCUUUCUUUUUUUAUUGAUGUUUUUUUUUCAAAUACAGGUUAUUUUCUUCUAGUAACGAACACAUCAGUUGUAAGUGCUGCACCACCAAAUUAAAUUUAAAGCUAAUUGAUUGUAGGGAUAUUUAUAUUGUGGUUCUCCUGACCACAUUGUUUAACACCUAUUAGGCUGAGGAUAACUAGCCUGCAGGACGCACCUUAUAAGUCAUUGUAUUUUGUUGUGAGCAGCCCUGUGGGACACCAUUUAAUUAGAUAUUUAGUAGUAUUAAAUGCCACAUGUAUUAAAUUUUUCUUUUUUUUAUGAUUUUCUUUUUUAACACACACUUCUUAAACAAGUGAAAAUGUUUUGGCAUAGUGCUUUAUAAACAUUAGGUUGGUGAGGCCUUCUAACAACUCAAAACAGUCGCCGUACUAUAGACAAUAUAUCCUAUUAAUAGAUUUACAAAUAUGAGAAAUUACUUCACAGCUGAUAAUACUAAUAAUGCUUUACUAUUUCAGCUGGGGAAUUAAUCUGUAGACUGCACAAAGUUAAUAGGGGAAAUAAAUAUUAAUACAAAGAAACAAACUAAUCAACCAGUUUAAACGAAUAAAAAAGCAGCUCCUAAAAAGAUUUAAAGCUUUAAUGCUUACUUAUGCCAAGAAGCCUAUUAUGCAGUGUAACACUGAUUCCUAUUGUUGCUAACAUUGCUUUACACGUGAGUUAAAGCUAUAAAUAUACACUCAAGUAUUUCAUGCCAAGUAUUUCUUUAUGUAUCCUGGUUUCUCUGAGGUUCUGUACGCACGUUCCAGAUCCAUUUCUGUGCUUACGCAGUCUUUAUAAAUGAGGCCCCAUGUCAGAACAUAUAGAUACAAUGGAUUAAAUUUUGACUGUAUUACAAUUCAUAUUUAUCACCUGACAGACAUGCAAACUUGCCAGGCCAAUGUGUCCAGUAAAACUCCUCAUAUUUAUUUAUUUAUUUGUGUGUUGUGUUGCGAUGGGAGUCUUGUAUACUUGUUUGAGCACUGAAGAAAGACAUUAAAGGAAAAUUUUGACAAUAUAAACAAUAUUAUACACUAAAACUGAUGAGCUUUGUGUAUAAUCUGUGCAUAAAACUAUUUUAAUGAAAAA